AUGAUUCAGCUGGCCAACAUCCUUCACGACAAAGGAUUCAAUAUCAUCAUCAUUCUCACCAAAUAUAAUUGUCCAAAUCUCUCUAAAUACCCCCAUUUCAUCUUACACUUAAUCCCUGAUGGCUUAUCAGAAAGUGAAGUUUCCACGGCGCAUACUGAAGUUGUUCAUACAAUAAAACUUCUCAACGAAAGAUGUGUCAAACCAUUUCGUGAUUGUUUGACUCGAUUGCUAUCUGAUGAUCCUAUAGUAUGUCUAGUUACGGAUUCUGCUUGGUAUUUCACACAACAAGUGGCUGACAACCUUAGGAUUCCGAGGUUUGUACACCGGACAAGCAGUGUCUGUUCGCUAUUGGCCUUUGCAGCUCUACCACUUCUUCAAGACAAGGGUUACCUCACUAUGAAAGAUUCCGAAAUGGACGAACCAGUUCUGGAGCUCCCGCCUCUGAAAGUUAAGGACAUUCCAACAAUUGAGACGCGCAAUCUAGAGGAGGAAUAUCAAUCCACAGCUAUUAUGGUGGAAGAAACAAAGAAAGCUUCAGGUCUAAUUAUCAACACCUUCAAAGAACUAGAAGAGCCUGAAUUAGCCAAACUUGGCGAACAAUUUCUCAUGCCUACUUUUGCAAUUGGCCCAUUUCAUAAAUAUUUCUCAGCUUCCUCGAGUAGUUUAUGGACACAAGAUCGAUCCUCGAUAUCCUGGCUGGAUACACAAUCACCCAAGUCAGUAAUCUAUGUGAGUUUCGGGAGUGUUGCAGCAAUGUAUGAAGAAAAAUUGAAUGAAGUAGCUUGGGGGUUGGCCAAUAGCGACCAACCAUUUUUGUGGGUUGUUCGUCCUGGAUUAGUUCAUGGCUCAGAAUGGAAUGAAAUUUUGUCGAAGGAAUUCUUGGAGGCAAUUAGUAGAAGGGGAUAUAUCGUAAAAUGGGCUCCUCAACAAGAAGUUCUAUCUCAUCCUUCCACUGGUGGAUUUUGGACUCACAGCGGAUGGAAUUCGACUUUAGAGAGCAUUUGCGAAGGCGUCCCAAUGAUAUGUUCGCCUUUCUUCGGCGAUCAGAAGGUAAAUUCCAGAUAUGUGAAUGAUAUCUGGAAAGUGGGGAUUAAGUUGGAGAAAGGGCUGGAUAGAGUCGAAAUAAGAAGUGCGAUUAAAAAACUAAUGGCGGGGAAGGAAGGGGAAGAUAUGAGGAAGAAUAUAAUGUGUUUGAAGGAGAAAUUAGAUAUUUGCUUGAAAUCAGGUGGUUCUUCUCACCAAUCACUUGAUAACUUGGUUGAUUUCAUUUCAUCUUUCAGAUCUCCUGUUUGA